CAGAAAAAGAAAGACUAUGUCAGACAGUCUCCCAAAUGAAGUUAUCGCUGAAAUCCUCUCACGACUGUCCGUGAAGUCUGUUAUCAGAUUCAGGUGCGUUUCCAAGACAUGGUGCUCUCUUAUCUCCAGCCCCCAUUUCAUCGCCACCCACCUCAGCCGCGCUCUUUCCAACCCCCAAUACCCAUCCCACCUUGUGUUACUCCAUUUCGACUACCGACUCAAGAAAGACCUAUCCCCUGCCAUACGCAUCCGCCUGCUUUCCCUUGAUCCAGAAAUACAAGAGAGGAGUUUGGUCACUGAACAAUAUUAUGGCACAGGAGAUCCAUCAGAUUUCAUAGGAUCGCGUUGCUUGCGCGAUUGCAUGCAAGUAAUUGGUUCAUCUAACGGCCUAUUUUGUCUCACCAGAGGUUUUGAUUCAUACGUUCUCUGCAACCCUUGUAUUCAAAAAGCCAUAUCCAUUCCGCACCCUAAUAUUGGAUUGGAAACCCGGACUCAUGGCUUUGGCUAUUGCCCCAAGACUGACGAUUACAAACUAGUGAGGGUUGUAUAUGUCGAAGGCACCACUCAUUCUAUGGUUGAAAUUUAUACGCUUCGAACCGGCGCAUGGCACUCCUUUACGGCCCCUGGUCCUCCCUACUACUUUAGAGAACCAUUCGGUAGAAACUCGUUACGUAAUAUUUUCUUUAAUGGGGCAGUCCACUGGCCAGCUCACACUCCAGAGCACCACCAGGGCCCGUUUCGCCAUUUGAUCGUGUCGUUCGAUAUGGAGGAUGAGGUGUUUCGUGAAAUGGGUAUGCCAAAGAGUUUACAAGGCGAUCAGGAAAUCUUCGGGUUUUUUAUGGCGGUAGUUGAUGGGUUGCUUGCUGUCAUUCCCUACGGGGUCCGCUCGGCGGACGAAGAGGAUAUGAUCGUGUGGGUGAUGAAAGAGUAUGGAAGAGCGGAAUCUUGGACUAAGCAGUUCGAUGUUAAGUUUGAUUGUGCAUCAUAUGGUCCGAUAGGUUUUACAAAGAACGGUGAAGUUCUAGUGAACCAUGAGGGAAAUUGUGUUCUUACGAACGUAAUAGCGAACAAUCCUGGUAUCUUCACAUUUAUGAUAUAAGUGACUGGCUUUAUUUCGAUUCUUAUGUGGAGAGCCUUGCUCUACUGAAUGUAGCAGAUAGAGUUUUGGGAGUGCAAGCGACUUUGUCUUGUGUUGGUAAGCUCAGGGCGAAAGAAAAGAAGAGAAAAAGGAAGAUACGGAUGUUGGGACAUUGAUUUAGUUGCGCGCAAGCAGGGAAAGGAUGCUUUACUGGUCCAGUCCCAAGUCAAGUCAUGCCUGGUGGUAGUAGUUCAAUUGACUUGAAAAAGAGUAUUAUCAUGUACUGCUCGUACUACACUUACGAAUUAUUGGAUAGUUUGAUAGUUGGAAGGGCUUUUAAUGGGUAGUAAUUAAACUUCUAUGCUUAAUUUUUGAUCC